UCUUCACUCCGCAUCAUGAUGCCAAACACGCAGCACCAAUAGUCUGACGGCGCGUCACGUGACUGUUCCCUCACUGUGUCCAGCUGCAGCACAGACAUCGACAAGAAGAGGAAGGCUCGGUCACCAAGUCAGAACAGAGAGAGAAUAACACGAAAAGGGCGACUUAUAUUUCUGCAUUAUGGCCUUGCGGGACGAACUUUUAAAGUCUAUAUGGCACGCGUUUACAGCUCUGGAUGUGGAUAAGAGCGGCAAAGUCUCCAAAUCUCAGCUGAAGGUGCUGUCUCAUAACUUAUGUACAGUCUUGAUGAUCCCACAUGACCCGGUUGCGUUGGAAGAGCACUUUAAAGAUGACGACGAGGGUCCUGUCUCCAACCAGGGAUACAUGCCAUACCUCAACAAAUUCAUCCUGGAUAAGGUGACGGGUAACUUCAACCGUCAGGACUUUAACAAAAUGUGCUGGACGUUGUGCUCAAGGAAGAACCUGGAUCAAAGUCAGCUGUUCAUCUCCAAUGAUGACGCAUUCAAGAUCUGGUGCAUCUUUAACUUCCUCUCUGAGGACAGAUACCCACUGAUCAUCGUCACUGAGGAGAUCGAGUAUUUCCUGCGAAAGCUGACAGAGGCAAUGGGAGGAAGCUGGGUGGAGGAGCGUUUUGAGGGCUUCAUGCUGCAGCUGAACUCUAAGCAGCAGUGUCUGACUGCCUGGGAGACCAUCAGCCUGGUGGGCUCAGGUUAUUUCAGUAAGGGUAUGGACCGUCAGACCCUCUCCAUGGGCAUCAAUGAGGUCUACCAGGAGCUCAUCCUGGACGUACUCAAACAGGGUUACAUGAUGAAAAAAGGCCACAAAAGAAAAAACUGGACAGAGCGAUGGUUCAUGCUGAAGCCCAACUCCAUCUCCUAUUAUGUUGGUGAGGACCUUGCUGAAAAGAAAGGAGACAUCCUGUUGGAUGGAAACUGCACCGUGGAGCCUUUGCAAGAUAAAGAGGGAAAAAAGUGUCUCUUCCUCAUCAAGUCAUCACAAAAAAGCUUUGAAAUAAGUGCAUCAGACAAGAAGAAGAAACAGGAGUGGAUCCAGGCAAUUCAGACCUGUGUGACUCUGCUGCGUCAGGGCCGGCUGGCGCCGCACCGCGAGGCUCGGCAGAAGCGCCGGGAUCUGCGGCUCAGACAGCAAGCUGAGCAGGAGGAGCUGGAGCUGAGGAUGAGGGAGCUGCAGACGGCCAACGAGGCCAAACAGCUCGAACUGGAGAACAUGAGGAAGGCUUUGGAGGAAGCAGCAACCAAUGCAGCAGAGGAAGAAAAAAGACGUCUUCAGACCCAAACAGAACUUCAGGACCGCUACAAGAUGGACCUGGAGAGAGAGAAAAUGGUACGACAGCAAAUGGAGGAGCAGGUGGCCCAGAAGUCCACUGAGCUGGAGCAGUACCUGCAGAGGGUCCGUGAGCUGGAGGACAUGUACCACCAGCUGGAGGAUGCUUUGGAGGACGAGAGGCGCGCCCGACAGGAUGAGGAGGUCGUCCGUAAGCUGCAGGCACGGCUGCUUGAAGAAGAAGCCAUGAAGAGAGCGGAGCUGGAGCAGAUCCACCUGCGACAGCAGCGAGCUAUCUCAGAAACAGAGGCUGAGAAACAGGAGCUGGAGAAGGAACGUCUGGCCAAGGAGUGCGCCCUGCAGGCUGCAGUGAGACAGCUGGAGGAGCUGGAGCAAGAGAGGCAGGGAGCGUUGGAGCAGUAUCAGACGGUGAUGAAGAAGCUGGAAGAUGCAGCCAACAACACCAAGACCUGGAAGCACAAAGUGGCUCAACAUGAGGGGUUGUUACGCCUCAUCCAACCAGGUUCAAAGGGGCAACAGAAGAUCACAAACUGGGGCCCCGCUGCCUUUUCUGAAGCCGAGCUCAUUCUGAGGGAGAAGCAGUGGCAGGAGAUGAAGAACCAGACAACGCAGGCUCAGUAGUGCUGCUUUUAACCUGAAACGUGUCGUUGUUUCAGAAGGAAGGACCGGCCGGGGGUGGGGGGGACUGGGAUGUGCUGUCUGCAGUAACUGGAUCCAAACAAGAAAUUUACCAGGAUAAGAAAGGAUUUUAUAUUAAUAGGGCAUUAACUAAUUGAUAACUUUUUAAUCUUAAGUUUCCACUAGGAAUCAAAAAUAAAUAAAUUACUUCCAUGUUUGUUAGUGUAUGCCAUCUGGUAUUAAGUCCCAGUUACAUUAUGAUGAAGUUCAUCAUUUUAGCAGGAAUCAACAAGAAUCAUUAACAUAGUAGUGAUAGCACAGGAGAAAAUGCUGUAAUGAGGACAGCUUUGUUAAAUUGAUAUUGUUACUAAAUGUAUUAAAGCUUUUUAGCAUCACAUCAUUAUUUAACAGUUCAGUCAAGUGGACAAGUAUCAUUUUAUGCCAUCUACACUCAUGUAAGAUCAACGCUACCUGUCGACUUAAACCUAAAUCCAAUCAGGAUAACAAUCCACAUAAAUCUAUUGAUUCUAAGAUGUGCAUCUUUUUAUAUAUAUAUAUUUCAAUCCAUCAUCCAGUAUCAAGCUCAAAAAUAAAUGUUUCCAUGCAACUGUAGAAACAAAAACAAUAAAACAAAUAAGACGUAAUUUUUUUAUAGCUUCAAGCUUGUGUUGCCCCUGAAUAAAUCACAAUUUUGAGUGGAAAUUGAUGAGAACAUCACUACCUUGUAUUAUUUUCUUCACUAUUUUAGGUUUAUUUGUAUGUUACAAAAAAAAAAAAAAAAAAAAAGAAAACGACAUGCACUACUUUUGAGUGUAACCAGUGUAAUGGAAAUGGAUCUGUUUGUUGGAACUCUUUGGGACCAUUUUUGUCUUGAAAAUUUAGGUGAUUUUGUACAUAUAGUUACAGAAUUUUCUGUUAUGACAGUUUUAUUUACAGUUUUUGAAAGGAAGAUGUAAUAAUCAUGAAGUAUUUUAACAUUAUCCAAGAGCUGUACUGUAGUUUGAUCUAGAUUUUGUUCUGAAUAAAUAACAUAAACAUAACAUGGAACUUAAACAUUUCCCUGCAUGUAAAGAUAAGCGUUCUGAUCAUCUUUUUGAAAGGCAUCCUGCCAAAGUCCGUCUCUGAACAGGGAUAUUUUAACUUUGUUGUACUAUAACCAUCAGUGCCUUUCACACUCAAGUAAAAUUUGUGAUACAUUUUGGAUUAUGUAUGUUUGUAAAAAGCUUAGGACUGAACUAUGUAAUAAAACACAUAUUAAAUAAUUUCCUCACUGUA